AUGGCUGACAACACACCCAGAAGUUCAGAUGGCAACUCCCGAGCCAAACUUCGACCAGAGCGUUUUUCUCUCGCAAGAGCAAUGGAGUUACUGGGGUUAAUUGGUGGAGACAACUCAGAUGUGGAAGAUUUGUCAGACAUUGAUGAUCCUGUUGGGGAUGCUGAAUAUCAACCCCCACGACAGGAGCUAAGCAGCAGUGAGGAGGACAGUAGUGGGUGUGAGGACCAGAUUCCACAACCCUCUCAGCUUAUCAGGGGACGUAAACGUCUCCGUGAUGAAUAUGAAGGAUGUCGUUCAGAUCGUGACAUUGCCAGAUCACACAAUACCAGACGUCACUCUUGGACACAGCAGGGGGAGGCUGAUGUCUCAGACAAUGUCGCUGAAGAGACAACACCAGGACCAAGCCAUCAAGAACAGUCUAAGAAAGGGCGUGGGAGGAGAUGGAAGGCUUCUCCGCUAACACCAAAUCAAGCCCAGUUUGAGCAUGAGGAAGAAACUGUGGAGGACAGAGAGGGCUGGACCCCACUGGACUACAUCGAGCAGUAUAUUGAUAAAGAUUUGAUGAAAAUGAUUGCAGAUUGCUCUAAUGCUACGUCACUGGCUAGAAGUGGGUACCCACUCAACACAUCAACUGAUGAAAUUUAUCAUUUUUUUGGUGCCUGUAUUUUGAUGUCUUGCGUACCGUAUCCUGCAAUCAGGAUGUACUGGUCCAAAACCUUGAGAUUCCCUGCCAUCACCGAAAGGUUCACACGUGACAGAUUCUUCAGGCUCAGGCAAUCACUCAAAGUGCUCAUUGACGAUGAUGUUCCAGAGGAUCUGAAAGAGUGUGAUAAAUUCUGGAAAGUGAGGCCUUUUCUGAACCGCAUUCUGAAAGGCUGCAAAUCUCAGGCUCGCCCAGAAUGCGUUUCCAUUGAUGAGCAGAUGAUUCCAUUCACAGGAGCUUGUCCGUAUCGACAAUAUCUGCCAAUGAAGCCAAACCCAGUUGGCAUAAAAAACUUUGUUUGCGCAACAGCAGAUGGAAUUGUGCUCGACUUUGAAAUUUAUCAAGGGGCACCUGCACUCCUUGAGCAGGUUGAAGAACCAGGAGAUCUGGGUUUGGGAGGCUUGGUCAUAGAUCAUCUGUCUCAAACGCUGCAUCCUAAUACAAAGGUUUACUGUGAUCGGUUCUUCAUGUCCAUCCAAGGUGUGGAACGCAUGAUGAAGAAGCAGAUGUAUGUAACUGGUACAGUUAUGAAGAAUCGGGUCGCUGCAGCAGUACAGAAGCUACCAAAUGACAAAACAAUGAAAAAGAAAGGAAGAGGGACCUCAGCACAAGUUACCACUGAGGAUGGAAAGAUUUGUGUGGUGAAGUGGUAUGACGAUAAACCCGUAUUGAUGAUGUCUGCUGUUCGUGCUAGCGAGCCAGAAGACACCUGCCAGAGAUGGGACAAAAAACUAAAACGAUAUGUGACCAUCUCGCGACCAAGUAUUGUCCGUGAAUACAACUCCAAGAUGGGUGGAGUUGACCUUGUCGAUAGAAUGAUGAGUUACUAUCGCAUGAGUGGCCGUACGAAGAAAUGGACACUGCGGAUACUAAUGCACUUUAUGGAUCUGGCUUUAGCCAACAGCUGGCUACUGUACUGCAAAGACCUUACUGUACAUGGCACAUCAAAGAAGGACAUCAUGCAGUUUCUUGAAUUUCGCAUGGGAGUGGCCAUGACCUUCUUGGCUCAGUAUGCCAAUGACAGCUCUGACUUUUCAGCGCAGGAAGAUGACCCAGACGUGUUAGUCCAAGGGAAAAGGCGUCCAGUGAAGGCAGUGCCCCAUGUCUCAUUCCGCAGGAAGGCUAAUGCACAUCUGCCAGAGGUGGCAAAAUUGAAAAAUGCAGCACGCUGCAGAGCAAAAGGCUGCUCAGGGAAAACUCGAGUACAGUGUGUUACAUGCAAGGUGUUACUCUGCUUACAGGCAGAUCGCAACUGUUACACAGCCUUUCACACAUAGGUGUAAACAUGGAGAAAAAAAUUUGAAGUAGCAGUGUUGAAGUGUUAGGUUUCCUGCUACAUCCAAUGUUCAGAAUUCUAUUACUUUUUGGACUUUGUUACAGACAUCUGUCUUCCUGUAACUGUUAGCAGCACUUCAAAUGAGCCAUUUUGCUCAAAGGAGAACAACUGUUGUUUCUAAUUUUCUUUUUGUACUCAGGAAAAUUGCUGCUGUGUUCAGACAAAAAAUAAAAA